UCCUCCCCCAUGCGUGCCACAGAUUUUCGUUCACUUAAUUUCCGCAUAAACGCAUGAAAGACAAAACCAUGCUACUGGGUAAUUCAUACCAUCGUCGAUCUCGUAAUCGCACUUAUCUCAUUCCUCAUCUAGUGCUUUCACCUUCGGUCAGCUUCGGUCCAUCGCGUAUACACAGCUUCGCCCCCUAAUGAAAAUGUGAGUAUGGGCACCUGUACUGUAGUGCACCGACGCAUUUUUCACCUCUCGAAUGAAUGCCCAAAUCUUUCUGGUCCAACUGGACCGGCUUCGGAGAUCAAUUGACGACGGGCCGUCAAGCGAUCAAGACGUGCGCGAUUGAUCUCAGAAAUUCAUCUUUUUCUCGUCCAGAUUAUCGGGGUGCGGAGGCGCGUUCGAGAGAUUUUGUUGUGAUAUUAAAGCGUGAUUGUUUCUCCUGUGAAGUGUGAUAUGUGAUGCUGCAGUGAUUUUCUGUUUUGGGCAUUUCGUAACCACGUGGACUGUUACAACGGACUUAGGCUGUGCUUGAAUUGUGCGAAACCAAAUCGACGAUAAGUGAAAAUUAAACUGUUGGGGUCAUUUGUGGCGGAUUGGCCGUAUAUUGGAGUAGCUGGUUUGCAGAUAGAAGUCAGAGAUUUUUAAUAAAAAUGGUGAAACGAUUUUGUCAUCUUAUCGUAAGCUUCGCGCUGCUAUCCACCUGCUCCCUGUUCACCGAGAGCCAAGUCAUAUCGCUCGGCAAAUGUCCACAUUUUCCCGUGACGCCAAACUUCAAAGCGGGCCCCUUUCUGGGCCUGUGGUAUGAACAGGAGAAAUAUCCCAAUCUAUUCGAAAUCGGCGGCAAAUGCAACACGGUGGAGUACAGCAAGAAAAUCGACGGAACGCUCUCCAUCAUGAACCGACACGAGAGCAAGAUAACUGGGGUAGAAACUGGAGUCCGAGGGUACGGCAAGCAGAUGUUCCCCGGAAGUAUGCACGUUCGAUUUCCGCAACCUUGGAAAAACGACGCUCCUUACUAUAUAAUCGGAACCGACUACUUUCACUACGCGGUGGUAGUUACAUGCAGUGAAUUUGGUCUGCUCAAUGGAAAGAUCGUGUGGAUCCUCACCCGAGAUCGCUAUCCACGCCAGGUGUACAUGAAUAGAGCUUAUCUGGAUAUAGAGCACGCCAACCUAUCGUUGGCGUUCCUCAAGAAAACCGAUCAGAAGCAUUGCGAUGUGGUGAAAGCACCUCCUAGUAACUUCAUCGUGAAACACUAAUCGAAAGUCGACAAUAGGGGCUUUAAAAAUGACAAGAUCUCUUGAAAAAGUGAUUUUCAGACGUGGAAUGGUUGUUCAUUUAGUUUUAUGUUUGGCCAAUGUGAUGAGUCUCAGUUUUAAUGAGAACUAGAUCACAUGGUGAGCUUACAUUUACAUUAUUUGUACCUUUUAGUUUUUAAGAAAACACGAUCCGAAGAAUAAUAUAGUACGAAAGAACGAAUUGUAUAUUUUUAGAGUUGACUAUUGAUUGGUUGC